UCUCCUCUCAACGCAUUCUCUCUUCUUCGUCUUCUUCGCGCGAUCUCCCUCCUUCCCCCCCAACUCCGAAACCCUAACCCUAACCCUAACCCUAACCCUUAUCGCUAAUCCCUACCCCAGUUCCCCCGCAUCCGCUGCUCGUUCCCGUCGCUGCAGGGUUUCGGUUUUUUUGUUUUGGGCGAUUUCUGUUGGUGGAUCGGUGGAGUUGUUGCGAUUGCGGAGUCAAAUGCUAGAGGAGGAUCUGGUGGAGCUCAGAUUCCGGUUGUACGAUGGAUCGGACAUUGGCCCGAUGCGGUACUCGUCGUCCUCCACCGUCGCCAUGCUCAAGGAGAGGAUCGUCUCCGAGUGGCCGAAAGAUAAAAAGAUUGCCCCAAAAGCUGCUACUGAUGUGAAACUGAUAAAUGCGGGGAAGGUUUUAGAAAACAACAAAACCAUCGGUCAGUGCAAACCAGCUUUUGGUGAGUUACCUGGUGGUAUUAUCACCAUGCAUGUUGUUGUGCAGCCAUCAUCAAAUAAGACGAAAGAAAAGAAGAUUGAUGAGUUGCCGGAGAAGAAGACGCCGUGUUCUUGUUCCAUACUAUGAAGGGCACGACACCCCCGCCUCUUUUUCUCUUCGCCUCUAUUGCGAGCUCACGCCCGCUGUCCUAUAUAGUCUCUCAAUGUGUUGUCAAAAUGUAGCGAAAAAUUAGGGGGAAAAAAAGGAAAAAAAGGAGAAUAGAAUCACGACCACGAUUAAUGGAAUUGCUGGUUCAAAAAGGGGGUUGUUAUCUGUGUUGUAUUGUUUUGUACGUGUAUUAUUGUUUGUUGUUUGUUGUUGUUAUUGUUGUUAAUGAGAGAAGCAAGAGGAGAGCAUGUCGUCGGCUAUACA